CUCACCGCUCGGCUCUCUGGCGUGACUCGGCACGGAGAGCCCCGGGAGCCGCUCCGCGACCGCCGCCGCGUCUUUCCAGGCCUCGGCCUUUUGAGCAUCCCCCCUUCCUCUCCCGGGCGUCCUCUCCUUCAUUUUCGAAGCCGGUGGCGUCGCUGCCUCCCUUCCGGGCUCUCUGAGAAUGGUGGGAGUGAAGCCGGUCGGGAGCGACCCGGAUUUCCAGCCGGAGCUGAGCGGCGCCGGCUCCAGACUCGCCGUGGUCAAGUUCACCAUGCGAGGGUGUGGACCAUGUUUAAGGAUUGCCCCAGCAUUCAGUACUAUGAGUAAUAAGUAUCCACAGGCAGUUUUCUUGGAAGUAGAUGUACACCAGUGUCAGGGAACAGCUGCCACCAACAAUAUAUCAGCAACGCCUACAUUUUUGUUUUUUCGAAACAAAGUGAGAAUUGAUCAGUAUCAAGGAGCAGAUGCUGUGGGACUAGAAGAAAAAAUCAAGCAGCACUUAGAAAAUGACCCUGGAAGCAAUGAGGACACAGAUAUUCCAAAAGGCUAUAUGGAUUUGAUGCCUUUUAUUAACAAAGCUGGCUGUGAAUGUCUUAAUGAAAGUGAUGAGCAUGGAUUUGACAACUGUUUGCGAAAAGACAUGACCUUCUUGGAAUCGGAUUGUGAUGAGCAGCUACUUAUUACUGUGGCAUUCAAUCAACCUGUUAAGCUUUAUUCAAUGAAAUUUCAAGGGCCAGAUAAUGGUCAGGGUCCUAAAUACGUAAAAAUUUUUAUCAAUCUACCCCGAUCUAUGGAUUUCGAAGAAGCAGAAAGAAGUGAACCAACUCAAGCUCUGGAACUAACAGAGGAUGAUAUUAAAGAAGAUGGCAUUGUCCCACUUCGUUAUGUUAAGUUUCAGAAUGUUAACAGUGUAACUAUAUUCGUUCAGUCCAAUCAAGGUGAAGAAGAAACAACGAGAAUUUCGUACUUCACUUUCAUUGGCACUCCUGUCCAGGCAACGAACAUGAAUGACUUCAAACGACUUUUUUAAUCCAACUCAAAUGAACUAAAACCAGAAGAUUUUUAAAAAUGAAGUAAUAUAAAGAUUGACCUAUCUCACUCCACUCCCCUCCUUGCUUCUCUGCUCAUCUUGCACCUAUCUGCUCUCACCCUUCCCAUGUUCUCAUCAUUGUUGGUGCAAGAUCUCUACAGCUUCUGUCAUCUGGAUCAGCCUUACUGUUACCUAGAUUUCCUCAGGCAUCUCUUUCUUCAAAUCUCAUUCUAGUUGUGUUUCUAGACUGGCUUUUUAUUUUGUUUUUGUUUUAGGCUUACCAUAACAAAAAUUACCAUACUGUGUUGCUUUUCCAACUUUUUGUUGUUUUUUUACAUUCUCCUGUCUCAUAUUUAAUUUUGUACUACCUUUUGCAAAAUAAUAUUGCAAUAAAAUUUACAUUGUUGUAAAUGGUUUCGGAUUUAACUAGCUGUUGGAUAAUGUUUUAAUCUAAUCUGAAGAUUAAAUUUUAUUUUUUAGGAACUGUAGAAUCAUUUUGGAAGCCAAAUAUAAAUAGUUUCUUCAAGUUAUUUUAUACUAGUACUAGUGUAAUAUAUUGAUUAGGCUGUAGUUGAGAUAUGUGGUUGUUUUUUUCUCAUUGGAACUGUAGCCUAGAAGUCGUUUUGCUCAUUAAUUGUGGGUGUCCCCUGUGCUUUGCCUACAAGUGAGCUCAAGGCCAGUUGAAAGACUUAUGGACUGAAUGUUAGGCUGGCUUAAACUAUUAACAGAAGGAAAAUGGACUCUUUACCGAAUACAUAUUAUUGACAGUUAAUUUUGAUGUACCUAGACUUUUGUUUGUCUGAGGUGUUAUGUUAAUAUAAAGACUUCAAAAUAAAAGAGCUUUACAUUUGGGGUAGGAAAAUCUAUAUUGGAAUGUUAAAUUUCUUUUUUUUUACAGAGAAUACACAUUGGCAAGUUGAGAGCUAUCAACCUGUGAAACAGUAUGCAGAUAUGUGUCUUCUACUGGAUCACAUCUGCUAAAAUUUUAAUUUUUAAUAUUCGUUCAUUUUGUUUUCUUUUGCUUAAUCUAAUAGCUCUGUGUUUUGCGUGUUCCCAAGUGAUACAAUGAUCAAUAAUGCUUUCAGUGUUUAUCUGCUUGAUUUUGUUUGUGAUACAAAUGGUUCCAGCCCCUAUUCUUUUUUAAGAAGACUCCUCGGUGCUUAAAACCUGAAUUUCUUUCUCUUAUCUACAUACUCUUUUCUGAGACUAUCUCUUUAGCCUCUGUCUGGCUUUUUGGACUUCCUAACACAUGGUUUCCUUGGAUCAGAGAGGAAUUCUUUUAAAGUAAUAAAAGUGAUCUUACUUGAGAUGGGGAAAGCAGCGAUUCUAGCAUUAAGUGACUGGGCAUUCAGUGGAAGGGGUUUUACAAUCUUCUCCCAUGAAAGACAUUGACCCAGCCAUGUUUUAAUUUUAGACCAGACACGUACUGAAGGCCUUUUUGAGUUUUGCUUGACUCAGACACUACCAUGUGGAACAGAAUCAAUUUCAA